AUGGCCAUAAAGACGAUUGAAUUGUUGAAAGGGUGUGCCUCACAAGAAGAGUUAAUGAAAGUAAUUGCUUCUGUGGCUUCAGAUUUAGGAGAUGCGAUUGAUGAUGUGAGCACCUUGGAAGUGAUUCCAUUGAAAGGUGCAAUGACCAAUGAAGUUUUUCAGAUAAAUUGGCCAACAAGAAAUGGCUCUGAUCUUAGAAAGGUUCUGGUUCGAUUGUAUGGAGAAGGUGUUGAUAUUUUCUUCAAUAGGGAAGAAGAAAUUCAAACCUUUGAGAGUAUCUCAAAGCAUGGCCAAGGUCCACGCCUUCUUGCUCGCUUUACAACUGGUCGUGUUGAAGAGUUUAUUCAUGCCAGAACUCUUUCGGCUCGUGACCUCCGUGACCCCGUUAUAUCGUCUCUGAUAGCAUCUAAGAUGAGAGAAUUCCAUAAGCUUGAUAUGCCUGGUACAAAGAAGGCUCAUAUUUGGCAGCGAAUGAGGAAGUGGCUCGGCCAAGCCAAAAGUUUAUGCUCCCCAAAGGAUGCAAAAAAAUUCGGGCUAGAGAAUCUAGACGAUGAGAUAAAUAUCCUAGAGAAGGCAUUAUGCGAAGGAUAUCAAGAGAUUGGUUUCUGUCACAAUGACUUACAAUAUGGUAACAUUAUGAUGGACGAAGAAGCUCAAUCGAUCACUCUAAUUGACUACGAAUACGCGAGUUACAAUCCUAUUGCGUACGACCUCGCAAAUCAUUUCAGUGAAAUGGCGGCCGAUUACCAUACCGAAACACCUCAUGUUCUUGACUAUAGUAAAUAUCCUGAACUCGAGGAGCGUCAAAGGUUUAUUAGUGCCUAUCUCAGUUCUGAAGGUAAGAAACCGAACAAUGCUAAAGUGAACCAAGUUGUGACUGCCGUGGAAAAAUACACUCUUGCAAACCAUCUAUUUUGGGGCUUAUGGGGACUUAUUUCGAGUUAUGUGAACAAAAUUGAUUUUGAUUACAAGGAAUAUGCAAGGCAAAGGUUUCAGCAAUACCGGUUACGAAAAUCUACUUUAUUGGACACACCAACCAUUGUUUCACAAAAUGAAACUGUAAAUGGUUCUCUACCACUAGCAUCAUGUGUGUGA